UGAUAGGCGGCUGUACAUGCAUUUGAUUUAGAGACUGCUUCCGAGCAUAAAAAAAGAGAGUGAAAAGUAAAUAUUAGGAAAUACUAUAUAGAGGAGUUAUGGAUUAUGCUGGUGAUGACUUUGAGAUGGGUGAAGCUGAGGAGGACAUGUAUUUUGGUGGUAAUGAGCUGAUGGCAGAGUCCGACUCUGAUGAGGAAGUCGAGGAUGGAAAUGGCCAAUUGGGCACUAAGAUUACAGAUACCUCUGCUGCUGAUGCGCGGAAAGGGAAGGACAUUCAAGGAAUUCCAUGGGAGAGGUUAAGCAUAUCCAGGGAGAAGUAUAGGCAGACUAGAAUAGAACAGUACAAGAAUUAUGAGAAUAUUCCUCAAUCUGGAGAGGGAUCAGAGAAGGACUGCAAGUUAACGAGGAAAGGAGGUGUGUAUUACGAGUUCUGGCAGAACACAAGGUCUGUAAAAUCAACCAUUCUUCAUUUUCAGUUGAGGAAUUUGGUCUGGUCGACCUCAAAGCACGAUGUUUACCUCGUGUCUCAUUAUUCCAUUAUUCAUUGGUGCUCGUUGAAUUCCAGGAAGACUGAAGUUCUUAAUGUCUCCGGUCAUGUGGCUCCCAGUGAGAAACACCCGGGAAGUUUACUGGAAGGAUUUACUCAGACACAAGUGAGUACUUUGUCAGUACGUGAUAAUCUGUUGAUUGCUGGAGGAUAUCAAGGGGAGCUAAUUUGCAAGGAUCUUGAUCGACCUGGUGUUAGCUUUUGUACGAGGACAACUUAUGAUGAUAAUGCUAUCACAAACGCGAUCGAUAUAUAUAAUGGUCCAAGUGGUUCUGUUCAUUUCACAGCUUCGAAUAACGAUUGUGGAGUACGGGAUUUUGACCUGGGGAAAUUCCAGCUUGUCAAACAUUUCUCUUACCCAUGGCCUGUAAAUCAUACUUCUCUUAGUCCAGACGGCAAAGUCAUUGCAAUUGUCGGGGAUAAUCCUGAUGGGAUGUUAGUUGAUUCACAAACCGGCAAGGUACCACACGUUUCUAUUCGCUUUUCUUUUCGCCUUUUUUUUUUCCACCCUAACUUCAAGUAA